CCCGUCUCCCACCACGAGGCAGCCCUAGGGCUGGGGGGCCGGGCAGCGCACAAGGGCAGCGCCGACACUGCGCAUGCUCGGCGCGUCGGCGCAGGUUCCCGCAGCUGAGGGGCAGCUCCGCAGCGGCGUCCGGGGUCUCCACUGGGGCGGACGCUCCGGUGCUCGCACAGUCUCCCGCCGCGGCUGGCAACGGGCGUCCCUCCACUCCCCGAGUCCCCGGCCGCCGCCGCCACCCCAGCGCGCCCCGAUCUGGCCCCCUGCCCCGCGAAGAUGGCUGCCGUACGCCGGGCCCGCAGUUACUGCCGCUGCCUGGUGCGCUUCUCCGACCGAGAACUCUGCUAAGCCCCGCUGCAGAGACAGGCAGGAGUAGACACCCGGACACCCAGCACCCCUCCUCGGGGGCGGUGCAGAGGGGGCGCGGAGAGCCGCCCUCGAGUGCUGCAGGCCGCCCCGCCAGCAUGGCAGAAGCUGAGGAAGAUUGUCAUUCUGAUACUGUCAGAGCAGAUGAUGAUGAUGAAGAAAAUGAAAGUCCUGCUGAAACAGAUCUGCAGGCACAACUCCAGAUGUUCCGAGCUCAGUGGAUGUUUGAACUUGCUCCAGGUGUAAGUGCUAGCAAUUUGGAAAAUCGACCUUGCAGAGCAACAAGAGGCUCUCUCCAGAAAACAGCAGCAGAUACCAAAGGAAAACAAGAACAGGCAAAAGAAGAAAAGGCUCGAGAAUUCUUCCUAAAAGCAGUAGAAGAAGAACAAAAUGGAGCUCUCUAUGAAGCCAUCAAGUUUUAUCGUAGGGCUAUGCAACUUGUACCUGAUAUAGAGUUCAAGAUUACUUAUACCCGGUCUCCAGAUGGUGAUGGCGUUGGAAACAGCUACAUUGAAGAUAAUGAUGAUGAUAGCAAAAUGGCAGAUCUCUUGUCCUACUUUCAGCAGCAGCUCACAUUUCAGGAGUCUGUGCUCAAACUGUGUCAGCCUGAGCUUGAGAGCAGUCAGACUCAUAUAUCAGUGCUGCCAAUGGAGGUCCUCAUGUACAUCUUCCGAUGGGUGGUGUCUAGUGACUUGGACCUCAGAUCAUUGGAGCAGUUGUCCCUGGUGUGCAGAGGAUUCUACAUCUGUGCCAGAGACCCUGAAAUAUGGCGUCUGGCCUGCUUGAAAGUUUGGGGCAGAAGCUGUAUUAAACUUGUUCCUUACACAUCCUGGAGAGAGAUGUUUUUAGAACGGCCUCGUGUCCGGUUUGAUGGAGUGUAUAUCAGUAAAACCACAUAUAUUCGUCAAGGAGAACAGUCUCUUGAUGGUUUCUAUAGAGCCUGGCACCAAGUGGAAUAUUACAGGUACAUAAGAUUCUUUCCUGAUGGCCAUGUGAUGAUGUUGACAACCCCUGAGGAGCCUCAGUCCAUUGUUCCUCGUUUAAGAACUAGGAAUACCAGGACUGAUGCAAUUCUACUAGGUCACUAUCGCUUGUCACAAGACACAGACAAUCAGACCAAAGUAUUUGCUGUAAUAACUAAGAAAAAAGAAGAAAAACCACUUGACUAUAAAUACAGAUAUUUUCGUCGUGUCCCUGUACAAGAAGCAGAUCAGAGUUUUCAUGUGGGGCUACAACUAUGUUCCAGUGGCCACCAGAGGUUCAACAAACUCAUCUGGAUACAUCAUUCUUGUCACAUUACUUACAAAUCAACUGGUGAGACUGCAGUCAGUGCUUUUGAGAUUGACAAGAUGUACACCCCCUUGUUCUUCGCCAGAGUAAGGAGCUACACAGCUUUCUCAGAAAGGCCUCUGUAGAGCCUCAAGUCCAGUUCUCUAUCACUUUUGCAUGAAUAAAAGUAUAUAGUGCAAAAGAGCACCUAAGUUAUAAAUGUACAUAUAUAUAUAUGAAAUUGGAACUUAUUUUAAAUUGUUGGAGUUCUUUUAAGAAGAGUAUAAAUUGAUUAUUUUUUUUAUUUAAAGGGAUAGUUGGGGUGUUUUGAAAUUAAGUUGGAAUUAUAAGUUGCUUAAGCAUAUUUAUGUUGUGAGAAACCUUAAUAAGAGGUUUAUCAUGCCCUUUUUCAAGCAGAUUUUUGGGCAGAUUUCUGUCACAUAAGUUGUCUUCUGCCUGAGCAUUCUAAUAUUUAAAUGCCUCAGGGGAGCGCUCCACUGGAUAAGCAUUUUAUUUCCUGCAUGGCAUAAUGUCUUUGCACUAAAGGCUCAAAGUGUGAGAACCUUUUCUGGAUUUGUUUGAAAUUGUUUCACCAAUAAAGAUCAUAAAUAAAUGUUUCUUUCAAGAAAAUA